ACCCGACAAUGUACCUACUGCAGCUGACAAUUUGGAGGUCCUGCGGCUUUUCCUCGCACGAAAGCUUUUCAGUUUCGAGUUUUCCACCGUUCGGUAGACGCGGGUUCGCGAUGGCUUCGGGCGGUUAUACUCGACGGUACCAGUCAAGUUGUGAUUAGGAAAAAGGAAAAUAAUAAGGCCGGACACGUAUAUCUAAUCAUUAUUACACGCGUAAUAUGCAUAUACGCCUGAAGCGUCCGUUUGUGGAUUCGGGUACAAUUGUAGUGGAAACAAAUUUGGCGUUCGUUUAAGCGUUUGCUGCGGAUGUGAGCAAACAGCCAUUAGCUCUAAAAAGCACUACGGUUCGUUGGUGAAGGUUGUAGAGUUCAUUCAUGAGUAUACAUACCAUUGAGCGUUUGAAGCUGAAUCACUCACGGCGCACAUCAACUUUGCAUUAUUUGUCCUAGGACAGUGGCACGGAGUUGGUUCGCGUCUAUAUGCCGUUCGAACCGUUGUGCAAAGUGUUUACAUACAGAAAAAUCGAUUUUCCCGAUGGAUUAAACCAGUGAGCUGUUGUUCUGUAGAUAAUGAAUUCUUCCAUCUAUUAUACGGCGCCAUCAUACAAGCGCGAUGGCGGUGCAAAGAGAAACAGUGUAACGGAGCGUUUGGCUCCCUUGCAACAAGGACAUAUUAAAAGUUAAUCAAGAAAACACGAAAGUGAACGAAAAGAGGCAGGUGGUGGUAACCUAUCGUAAUCAGUUCAAACAUGCCUUGUACGCCACAUCCUUUGUGGCAAUACGUAACCGUACACCGAAAAUAACAAGCAAAGUUUUUGGCUAAAGGUGAACAAAUAAACAAACUGAACCGAUACCUGCACCCAUCCUAUCGUUGCCAUUCAUUGGUCGCCAUGACGGACGCAGAGCCACUGUCACCGUCGGCAUCCUCGUUCAAGCAGAACUUUGAUCUGGUGACGCCCGAGUUCGAGGAGGAUCCGAAGCUGCUUUGGGGCAGCGUACCCGUACCACCGUUCGUUUCGGACAAGGUGGUUACUUGGGUGGAGGAAAACUUUCCCCAUCAGCCACCGCCGGUGGUCGAAUUUCGCGGGCAGCAUGCUCUGAAGAAGAUUGAAAAUGUUCGUAUGAUUGACAGAUAUAACAGCAAAAAUCCAACCGUCGGUGUUCUAUAUCUUACGGCCACGCAUCUCAUAUUCGUCGAUCCGGAUGCCAACAAAGAGACAUGGGUGCUUUACAUGCACAUCGCGAACGUGGAAAAGUUGCCCCUAAGCACAACCGGCUCACCGCUGCUGAUACGCUGCAAAACGUUCCUCUCCAUCACGUUUGUAAUACCGAAGGAACGCGAGUGCCACGACGUCUACACCACACUGACGAAGCUGUAUCAGCCGGUGCACAUCAAGAAUCUGUACUGCUUCCAGUACACUACCGCGGCAAAGGAACUGCCGAAGGCGGCCGGUUGGGACUACUUCAAGCUGGAGCACGAGUUCAAGCGGAUGCGGGUCCCGAACGACCAGUGGAGUGUCUGUGCGCUCAAUCAAAACUAUGAGCUGUGCGACACGUACCCGAGGCAGAUCUACGUGCCCGCCGACGCAAACACGCAAAUCCUGCUCGGAAGCUCGCGGUUCCGGUCGAAGGGCCGGCUACCUGCGCUUACCUAUUUGCAUUCUAACAAGGCGUCAAUCUGCCGUUGCAGUCAACCACUGUCGGGCUUCAGUGCCCGCUGUCUCGAGGACGAACAAAUGCUGGAAACGGUACGCAAGACUAACCCCAACUGCAACUUUAUGUACGUCGUUGACACGCGGCCAAGGAUUAACGCCAUGGCAAACAGGGCAGCCGGCAAGGGGUAUGAGAACGAAGCCAACUAUGAAAAUAUCAAGUUCCAGUUUCUCGGCAUCGAAAACAUUCACACGAUGCGUGCCAGUCUGCAGAAGCUGAUUGAAUGCUGCGAACAAAAGUCGCCCACUAUGAGUGGAUUCUUGAGUGCCCUGGAAUCUUCCGGCUGGUUGAAACACAUUCGAUCGAUACUGGAUACGUCCUGUUUUAUUGCAAACGCCGUGGAUAAAGGCAUUUCCGUUGUUGUACACUGUUCGGACGGUUGGGAUCGUACGGCGCAAGUAUGCUCACUUGCCGCCCUCAUGCUGGAUCCGUAUUACAGAACAAUUAAAGGAUUCCAGGCGCUGAUUGAGAAGGACUGGCUUGCAUUCGGUCACAAGUUUAGCGAUCGGUGCGGACACAUUCAAAACGAUCCGAAAGAAGUAUCUCCCGUAUUUACUCAGCUGCUCGAGUGUACCUGGCAGCUGAUGCAGCAGCGUAACGAUGCGUUCGAGUUUAAUGAACGAUUCUUGCUAAUCUUGCACGAUCACGUCAUGUCCUGCCAAUACGGUACCUUCGUGGGCAACUGUGAAAAGGAUCGAUUAGACCUGCGAUUAGCAGAAAAAACCUUCUCCUUAUGGGGUUAUAUGUCGAACCAUUUGAACGAGUACAUAAAUCCCCUUUAUCGACCAGAAAUGGAUGAAACGAUAAAGCCAAAUCUUGCACCGCAAAACAUAAAGUUUUGGCGCGGUAUGUACAGCCGAUUCGAGAGUGGCAUUCACCCUAGAGAACCGUUGGAGGAUUUGUUGAUUGCUAGUAAAGAUCAUUGUACUUCGCUGGAAGAUCAUGUGCAGCAUCUGACGAAGCGUAUCAACAGCUUCAAGAAUAUGCUUUCCAAGUCAGCCAAACGAUUGCAGGGUGGAAGUGCAGCAUUACAGUCUCGAUACAACACGGACACGCGGGGCCCAAUUGAGGUGAAUGAUAAUCGAUACAAUUACGAUCGGAAGUUAAGUGAGCUGUCGGCGGCGGACGAUGAUCAUCCGCUAAAGACGAGUGACUUUUCCUUCUCCAAUCUAUCGAUUUCAGAGUACAACAGUGAAGCGGACAAAGUAAACGAAGACAUUAACACAGUUGCUGUGGAGUGGAAAUCGCUCCGAUCGGUCAUAAACUGUCCAACCUGCUCUAUACCUUUUGAUCAAAUCACGAAAAAGAACCAUUGUUGGAAAUGUGGAGAAGUAUUCUGCAGCCGUUGUAUCGAUAAAACGUUAUCCCUUCCGGGACAUGAAAGUGGCAAUCCGGUGCCUGUUUGUCGACAAUGUUUCCGCAUAGUACAGCAAGUGAGUCCUUAAAGGAAAAGAAGUAACAACAUUCCUCGAUCGAAUCGAUGUAGAUUGUAAGUAAAUAUCUACGCUACAUUUGCUUACAACUACCACCGGCUGUAUUUUCGUGAUGUACAAACUAUAAAAUUAUGAUUCGUUUUUGAGGCUACCGUGAAAUGAACUAUGGGAAAAAAAUGGCGAAAAUUUAUAAUGUUACGGAUAAGUGCAAAAGUAAAUAUAGUGCAAGUUUUUCAGUUGAAAUAGACCAAAGUACACUGGCAAAGUCGUUUGAUGAUCACAUACACAUACAAGUGCUUGCAAGACAGUAAUAAUUGAAAAGGUAUAAGGAUUACAAAAAAAUCCUUGCAGAAUGGCUGUCAAUCUUAGUUGAUAAUUACUAUUAGUCGUAAACCGUUAAAUAUGGAUUAUAAAACAAAAAGCAUACACGCUCAUCGAUAACAGGAUAGUAUGACAACACAUUGUUAAAACUACAAUUUUCUUAAGCAUGAUGUUUAAUAUGAUUAGUUUAAGUAUUAUUACUUUCCAAGGUUGAAAAACAAUAUUUAUCUUACUAAAACAAAUAUUUGAGCUUUUGCUUGGCUUCGACACACUCUUCGGUAUUAAGCAGAAAGGGAGCUUUAUCGAUGGCUGUAAUGAAUGAAAAGAAAUUGACAAAAAAUAAUGUUUAGCUUCAUAAACGCACACGAUGGCGCGGUUAAUCAGAAUAGUUCCAGAAAGUCUCACCUUUUUAUGUAUCUUAUGCAAAGUUCGUGCUAGAUUUCGUUUCGCAAUCAUCUCUGCUGGUGACUGUAGUAGUUUUCACAGUUCACAGUACACCUGAGUUACCUGUUUGUGGGUGUAUAAAGUAUGCACCUUGUUUGCCAGUAUUUGCAUCGAUUGCGAUUGCAUUCUUUAAAGGUAGAGAGUAAAACUAGCGACGAAUAGUCUGUUAGUAAUGUAUGUUUGUCACAAGAAACAUUUUCUUUUGCGCCAAAAUAACCAGCAACGAAACUAUAUUUGCAGACAACUGGCAUAUGGCUAUCUAUAUCUGUAAACUGUAUGUGUAAUCUGAGGUAACUAUAUCAUACGAAACAAAACAAAAAUCACAAAUCUGUUGCUCUCAAGUAAAGUAAACGUAUUUAAUAUACAGAGUAAAAUAUAAAAUAGGAUCACGCUGUUUUCAUUGGUGCAGGCAUCAGAUGUGUUCCAUGACUGUAUCUUUGCUGCAUCUGUAUAAAUAUCACUAGAAUCAGCUAAUAUUUGAAAGCAUUAUGCUAGAGUCUUUUGUUAUAUAUUUUAUUAAAUCUGAAUUGAAUUCGAAUUGAAGUUCGAAUAAAUUUUAAGAUGAAAAGUGUUACAUAAUGGUAGUAAGUAUUAAAAGUUGGAUUGGUUUUUAUAAUGUUUAUUUAUGUAUUCUUAUAAUUCAAUUGUUUAAAUACUCACGAUAACUCUCGUCUCUGAUGAUGAUUAUCCAAUUAUUGGUCAAAUAUUUAAUCUGUCCACACUUUUGGAAAAGCUGUUCAACCAAAGGAUGCAGUCGUAGAAGAAGUAUAUUUUAGUUUUAGUAUUUUUGCGUUCAUAGCAUCUACGCAGUAAGUGGGAAUGAUAACGUAAAAGUGUUUUGCUCCGAAGCCUAGUUCUUGCGUACUUCUUCAAUUUUUUAACGACGUUUAAUUGUUCACAAUUAUUAUCAUUUUUUUCAUGCAUUCUUAUUCUCGUUUACCUCACUACUUUUCGUCCAAAUUUUCCUCAGUCCGUUUUUAUUUCCUGUUUCUUUACCAGCUAUAGAUGUUUGGCUUUUUAAAUUAUAGUUUAAAUAUUAUAGUUAUUUUCGUUUGAAAAUACAAUGUAAAACAUUGUGUUAAUUAAAUAAUAACACCUGGAGAACAAGAGGAAGAAUGUAGCUCGUAAUAAAUCACUUUUAAUUAACUCCCACGAGAACGGUACGGAAUAGGAGUUUGGUAAGAGAACCUACCUGAGCUUCAAGAGGUGACUCAGAGGUGGAAACUUUGGGAACCAUCUUCUAUAAGUCAGUCCAGAUUUUGGCAUACUCUCUCUCUCUCUCUGUCUGUCUCUAUCUCGCUCUUUCUCUCUCUCUCUCUCUCUCUCUCUCCUAUAUAGCAGAUUCUUAUCUGCAGAAAAUUUCAGGUUGGAGAUUAGCGAAUAAAUUGAUAGUGACACCACCAGCGGCCCUGCUUACAAAUCCUGACCUAUGCAAUGGUGACGUACAGAUAGGUGAACGCACUUUUGAAGUCGUCCAAAAUUUCAACUAUCUUGUGUUAAAGGUCAGCACCGAUAAAAACAUAAAAAUGUUGAGAUUUCGCGCCAGCAGGCGACCAACCGAUGAAAUUUCUCCACUCUUAACAGCUCUCGUGACUAUCGAAGCUGGGAUCAUAUAAAACUCAUAUAAUUCCAGUACUCACAUACACCUCUGAGCCAUGGACUCUGUCCUAAAUUGGAAACCUCUUAGCUGCGUUCUAGAGGACGAUGCUGGGAAGGAUUGUUGGCCUUCUUUUUGUGGAAAAAACAAUGAUAAAUGAUGUACAUAUGAUGAAGUUAACAUCGCACGGCGAAUUAGAUUUGCCAGGUUCCGGAGGGCUGGUCACGUCAUUCGAAUGGCUCCGGCCGAUCCACCCCUAUUACGGUCAGAGCAUCCAGCAAGCAGAUACUUUUUGUCUUCGUCGCGUUUAUCUUCAAACCAAUUCUUACUCCAUCGCUUUUUAGACGAAUUUCUAUGUAUAUUUCUCGAAAAUCACUUAGAUCACGCAGUACUCAAUACAAUACGCAUUUUACAGCAUCAUAUCGCAUUAUAACGUUUUUUCGCAUAACACUAUUAACACAACUGAUGGAAUGUAAUCGGUUUUACAUAAUCGUAUAUUUCAAAUCACACUGCAUUGUGAGCACACUCCAGCUUAUUUUGGUGUUGUGUUUAAUUUGUUAGGAGGGGUUUGAAAUGAUAUAGAAGGGGUCGGAGUUUGAUAUAUAACUCGCGAUCAGCACACCAUUAGUAUUAGACAUUGGAUAAACUUAACAUUGAUACGAGGCGUAGACUUGUUUGAAAUACAUGCAGUGUUCGUACUUUGUGCCCUGAAAUGAUAAAGGUAGGAAGAUUGUUCGUAAUUGUACAAUUAUACAGUUUUCAAUCAUGUUAAAUCAAAUAUCAUUUCUAUUCGUCUAUUCGUUUCAGAUAUCCUCAUUUUUACUAGUCACCGUACUUUUAAGCUUAUUUUAUCCUGCUGUUCAGACUGAAACGCCCCCAUCGUCCUUGUCAACAGUGAAUGCACCGCAACGUACCACCGCCGUGCAGAACCUUAGUCCAGUAACGGACACUGAUGCACUCGGACGCAAAAUAUUCAUACCGGUGUUUCGCUAUAAAAAGAAACAGUCCAGCAAACGGAUUCGUGUGCAAAAUCGGUCUUAAGCAUGCGCAUGCGGCUGUCAAACAGAUGGAAGAACGACGCUCGUGGCGAGCCAUUUAGAAUAUAGCUGCGAAUUAAUCAUCGUACUACUGGAACGGGUUUUCCGCGAUAUGAUGUUUGAUGGUUCAGUAUUGUACGGAUGCCGUUCAAAUGGCGAUUAUUUAAUGUUUAUUUUUUAUUUUAUUUGUUCACAAUGUGACUUGUGGUGUUGUGUAUUUAUGCACACUGCACGUGAUGGUAUUCGGAUUGAGUAAUGAAAUCCGGAAUGGAAUUUGAUUGUUAUUUUGUGUAAAGAUUAUGGAAAAAGAUAAAAUUUCCAAAAUAUUGCAGACAACACCAUAUGAAAUUCUCUUUCUAUUGCAUCCGAACAAUCUGACCUCAAUUCCUAUCCCAUGCUGUAUUAUCAGUGCAUAUGUAUCUUGUACGGAAUUCUAUUACGCUUUUGAAAUCACGAUUGUUUGCAUAGCUUAAUAGGAGUAUUUUUGUAUUCCGUGACAUCGGUUUUUGUGGUUCUAUUUUCACAUCUCAACGUGUCAAUAAACGCCGGGUGUAAAAUCAAACCUCCUGAUUGUAAAUAAUUGUAACGCCAGUCACCUGAAUUCUCACCUGGAUCGUGGCACUGUUAGCACAUUUAUCCAUCGUUUCAUGGAAUUUGGUGGUAUGCAAAUAAAAUAUGUUUGUAUAUCGCUGGCGCGUGUUUGGUGGAGCUCGUGUUUAGAUCGGUUAUUUGAACUUUGUUGCUAAAUACUGGUUCGUGUGUUUCCAAAAUUUGUUUUGCCCUUUUCAAUAAACCGCGGUGAACGACUUUGAUAUGCUUAUCGCAAGUAAGGGUCGCCCUGCUAGAGAGGUGUGUACACACUGUAUACAGAGGAAUGGAUUUUAUCCGGAUAUGAAUGGAUGCGAUAUGACCAUAAUUGUUCAAUCACGUGCUGCAUGGUUCGGAGGUUAUCGCUUUUAUUCAGGAUUUCAAAAUUUUAGACAAUUUGAUUUUUGUGUAUUCUUAUUUGAAUAAAAUAUAGAAAGAAAAUAAAAUGCUAUAGAAAAUUUUCUUCAAACACUUUCUUUUCAUAAAAAUUACCUAAUUAUACGAAAUUUCCUUGAUUAGUAUUAAGCUUGUCAAAAUUAUCCAGCGCAGAUGAGUUUUUGCAUGAGUUUUAGACCAUAGAUGUGUCACAUUUCCAGUCGAAUGAGAAAGUAAUGUAUGUUUUAUGAGUAAUCCUUUAUUUUUAACAGUUAAUUUGAUUCUCGAUUUGAGUUUGUUGGUUUUACUGAUUGAAGUUCAGGGAAAAAGCUCAUUACUCAAUAUGCCUCAAUUGCUGUAGCAAAUAAAAGUACAGCACUCUACAAAAGCAGAGUGCGCAAAUCGCUCAUUAACAUCGCACAGUGUCCUCUAAUGUGCCUGACCUAUGCCAUCAAAUUUCUUUACUCCAUCCCAACGCUUUCUCAUGCACCGGAGCUAAUAUCAUUAGUGACGACAUUUGAAAUGCUCGUGCCCCAAUGGAUUCUUUUCGCACUAGUAAAAUAAACCAGUUCCAGCUAGUAUGUAUCGUCGUCAAUCGAUCGUACGUCGGACGGGAGUGUAGUAUGCCAGGUUUUAGGUUCGUGUAAUAUUUACCAUCGCAUUUACGUGUCUCUUGUAGAGGACGAUCCCGAUCUCGAGGUGUCGAUCGACGUCAUAGAUACAGCUACGCCUUCCCGCGGUGAUGGUGUGCGAUAGAUUUAUUUACACCAUUUUGUACAACGGGUAAGUAGCAGCCGAACUCGCUCCAGUAAGGGGUAGUCAUAUAAAUGGCCGUGCUUAUCAAUCACCGAUCAACAGAAAGGUGCGAAGUUUGAACCAGUACGGAAGGUGUACCAAGAGUGAGAUCUUUAUUACUGAAAGUGUCGUUGCCGUGAGUGGUGUGUGGAAGUGAGUUAUUCAAAUUGAAAUUAUCGUUUCGUGUAACAUUGUACGAAAAAUGAAGAUUGUUUCGGCAGUACUAGCUCUGAUGCUGUUUGGGACGGUCUGCAGCAGCUACGCUAUCGAUUGUAUGGAUGUCUGGGAUGAAGAGAGUAUUGCCGAGAUGAUUGAGGAUGAUAGACGUUAUGAAGAAUCACUCAAUGAUCAUGAUCAUGUUCAUGAUGGACAUGAUCAUGAUGAGGAAGAAGAAGACGAUGAGCAUCCUAUUGAUAAUGAAGACGAAACCCUCACAGAUAGUCGUGAAGAGGCUGAGGAUGGACAGGAUCAUGCACAUGAGCACCCAGAUGCGAAUGUAAGAAAUUCGGCCCAAGACCAGCGUCAUAAGCGUGAAUCUCCACUGGCAGAGCAAUCGUUCGCUGAAGAAGUAGUGAACGAAGACCCAUCAGACUUAGAGACCGCCGAAACGCAUCUUUUCCGACCAGUCUUUCGGUACAAGUCGCAAUACACGGAAAGACGUCGAGUGAGAACACCUAAUGGGGCAGUCAAUUUUGCACCUACUCAAUAGUAAAAGGAACAAAAAAAACGAUGGAAUCGAAUAGUCAACCUUCAUUCUACAUAUCGAUACACUGUUCCACUAGUAUGUGUCACAUUCUGUACUAUUUUAGUGUUCAUCUGUAAAUUACUCAUUCGCCUACUCUGUAUCAUCCCAUCAUAUGUUCGUGUCGUGCAAUCACGCUCUGUGAGUGUAAUAAAAAAGAGGUGUAGUUUUUAA